AUGGCGGGAUCGAAAGAGAGCGAGACCGAGAGCGAGUACCGGCAAUACCUGCCGGACCUGAGUCAACCGCGGUUCACGACUAUGGCGACGCAGGACGCACGGGAGUACGCGCAGAGGUUCAAGGAACAGGGGAACCCGCCGUGGCUGCACGCCCUGUAUCUGCACUGGCGGGAGCUUCUGAAGGAGCCGUUCAAAGGCGUGACCAACGACGGCGUGGUGCGGCCGGGCCUGUUCCCGGUGCAGGACGAAGGCAUUCCGAUCUCAGCCAUCGUGGCCGCGACGCGCCACGCGCUCUCGCAAUUGACGCCGGCCCAGCGCGACCGGCUGUCGUACCACAUCGACUCACCGGAGUGGCGGACGUGGUCGAACCCGGAAUUCCUGCUGAGCGACAAGGGCGUGCGGCUGGACGAGGUGACGGCGCCGGUGCGCGACAGCCUGCUGGCGAUCCUGCAGGCGAGCCUGUCGCCCGAGGGCUACGACAAGGCGGUGGCGGCGAUGCGCAUCAACGGCUUCCUGGGCUCGCUGGUGCGGGCGCCGGCGGUGAUGAACGAGCACAGCUACAACAUGGUGCUGUUUGGUGAGCCGAGCACGACGCGGCCGUGGGGGUUCAGCUUCUACGGCCACCACCUGUGCCUGAACGCCUUCUUCCACCGCGGCCAGAUGGUGCUGUCGCCGUGGUUCACGGGCGCCGAACCCAACGAGAUCGACGCCGGGCCCUACGCCGGCACGCGCAUCCUGCACGGCGAGGAACAGCUCGGCCUCCAGCUCAUGCAGUCGCUGCCGCCCGCCCUCCAGGCCCGCGCCCAGGUGUACAAGCUCAUGAAGGACCCGGCCAUGCCCCCCGGCCGCUGGAACCACGACGACCAGCGCCACCUGUGCGGCGCCUACCGCGACAACCGCGUCGUGCCGUACGAGGGCGUGCUGGCGUCGUCCAUGCCGGGGCCCCAGCGCGCCCUGCUCCGCGCCAUCCUCGCCCAGUACCUGCUGUACCUGCCCCAGCGCGCCCGCGACAUUCGUUUGGCCCACAUCGAGUCCCGCCUCGACGAGACUUACUUCUGCUGGAUCGGCGGCUUUGGGGAUCACGACCCCUUCUACUACCGCAUCCAGAGCCCGCUCGUCCUCGUCGAGUUCGACCACCAUUCCGGCGUCUUUCUGAACAAUCCCCACCCGGCCAAAUUCCACAUCCACACUCUGUUGAGGACUCCCAAUGCCGGCGACUACGGCAUGGCCCUGCGCCCGCUGCUCGACGGCAUCGAGCAGAAAUUCGUGUGGGAUGAGAAUGAGAAUGAGAAUGAAUCUGAGGCUAAACCUGGAAAAUAA